GAUUGUGAGUUUCUCAGGCUGAACCCAAGUAAUGAAAACGUUCAUCACCUCUGCAAUGUUACUCGUUCGCGGCGGGUCGCUCAGUCAAAGACAACCGCUGUCACGCAUAUCGGUCCAUGCCGCGCUGUCGGAAUCUCCGCUCCCACUAGAUGUCUAUGAGGAAAUCCUCACGUACCUUCAUGGCGAUAUUCAUGCCCUCUGCACCUGCAGCCUCGUAUGUCGCGCCUGGCUCCCGAGCACGAGGUCUUACAUCUUCCGCGAAGUCACACUGAAACGAGAGAAUUUCAAGUCCUUCCAUCACCUCCUGCACCAUACACCUGCACUUGGAAUCUACGUGAAGGCGUUGACGAUCUUGCACUCGGAGCUUGGCGUUUUCCACUGGCCUUCGACACAAUCCGAAAUGCUUCGCCAGCUUAUCGCAUACCUUCGAUCUGUGACGUCGUUGAAGCUCACCUGCUUUAUGAUCACGCCGCCGGUGAUGGAUGCAUUGGCGAGCGUGCUUCCCGGCGUGCGCGACCUCGUACUGGAUAGCGUAGGCGCGGAGACGGCGGAACAGCUGGCUGACUUUAUGCGCCACAUAUCGCAAUUACGGAGCCUUACCUUGGAUGGAGACGUAUUUCUUCACCCAGAGGGGACCGCGAUCAGCAGGCCAUCGAACGUGCAAACAAUCUGGAGCAGAGUUACCGAUACCUUUGCCUCUAAGCGGCAACGCAUCCUUCGCCGGACCCGUCGCAUCUCGCUUUUGCCGGCAGACUACAUCCUCUAUGGGAUGCUGUCAAGAAUAAAUCAUGCGCGACAGAAUCCAUAUGAUAUGUGCGGCCUCGCUGAGAAGGGAUUGUCGACGGUCCUCGCUGCUGCGAGCCCUACUCUUCAGCGCCUUACUUUUCGUAAUCAUUACGAUUGCAUUUGGCAAGGGGUUAGUCCGAGCCUGGCACACCAUGAUCGUCUUGACUACAUAGACUUUGUCGGCGGGUCUCCUGGUUAUUGGGCCCCUGAUUAUAACGUCUUAGUCGGAUUCCUUGCACAACUGAGGAUUACCAACGUCAAGAAAGUCCGUGUUCCAGUCGAUCUGCGGGUAUUGCACCCUCUGCAGAGUCUUCUCGAUGUCGAGACCUUGAUUCUGGAUGGUUCCUUCGGCGGAGCAGAGAUCAUCUUCGUAUACCAGUGUCAUGGAUUUGAUGGCGACCCGGAGGGGACCAUUCGAAGUCGUGUUCCGCGACUUGAUCAUCUUGGGCUGGUCAAAUAUGAAAUGGCAUUAUCGGAAUAGUGAUAUUGAAGAUGCUUUCCGAAGGAAUGAGGUGCUAUUGUACAUGUACAUCCAUUUUCAAGUGUAAUGGGG